CCUCCCGCCGGUGCCGGCUCGGGAAAGUUGCGGUGAGCUCCCGGUCGGCGGCGGCAGAACCGGCAGCGGAGGGGGCACGGCGGCGGCACCGGUUGCACCGUGGUGGGUGGGGGUAGGGCAGCCUCGGCGGUGCCCAGGCCACGGCGGCACCGGCGGCACCGGCAGGAGCGGAGCACGGCGGCGGCGGGGCUGGGCUGCAGCGGCGGCACCGAGCACGGCGGCACCGAGCACGGCGGUACCGGCAGCGCCGCCGCUUCCCGGCCGAGCAUCCCCGGGAGCGAUGGAGCCGCCGCGGAGCCUCCCGGGGCUGGAGCCCGACCGUGAGGGGCUGGAGCCGGCCGGGGGCUGCCAGUCCCCGCUGGAGAGCAAAGCGGCGCCCGGCAAACGGGUCUGGGUCAAGCUGCGGGCGCUGCUGCGGUUCAUGGUGAAGCAGCUGGAGUCAGGGGAGGUGAACGCGGAGGAGCUGAAGCGCAACCUGGAGGUGGCAGCGUCGCUGCUGGAGGCUGUUUGCAUCGACGAGACCAGGCAGAUGCUGGACACGGAGGACGAGCUGCGGGAGAUGGGCUCGGACGCGGCGGUGCCCUCGGAGGUGCGGGACUGGCUGGCAGCGACCUUCACGCAGCAGGCUCGGGCCAAGGGGCGCCGGGCAGAGGAGAAGCCAAAGUUCCGCAGCAUCGUCCACGCCGUCCAGGCUGGCAUCUUCGUGGAGAGGAUGUUCCGCCGGGCAUUCACCACAGUUGGUCCCAGCUACUCCAGCUCCGUCCUCAACUGCCUGAAGAGCCUCGACCUGUGGUGCUUCGACGUCUUCGCGCUGCAGAGGGUGACGGAGGAGCACUCGCUCCGGACCGUGGUGCUGGAGCUCUUCAGCCGCCACAACCUCAGCAGCCGCUUCAAGAUCCCUGGCACCUUCCUGAGCGCCCUGCUGGAUGCCCUCGAGGUUGGCUACGGCAAGUACCGGAACCCCUACCACAACCAGGUCCACGCCGCCGACGUCACCCAGACCGUGCACUGCUUCCUGCUGCGCACCGGCAUGCUGCACUACCUGACAGAGAUCGAGGUCCUGGCAAUCAUCUUCGCUGCUGCCAUCCACGACUACGAGCACACUGGCACCACCAACAGCUUCCACAUCCAGACCAAGUCGGACUGUGCCAUCCUCUACAACGACCGCUCGGUGCUGGAGAACCACCACAUCAGCGCAGUCUUCCGCAUGAUGCAGGACGAGGAGAUGAACAUCUUCAUCAACCUCACCAAGGACGAGUUUGUGGAGCUGCGGGCGCUGGUGAUCGAGAUGGUCCUGGCCACAGACAUGUCCUGCCACUUCCAGCAGGUCAAAGCCAUCAAGACGUCUCUGCAGCAGCUGGAGAGGAUCGACAGGUCCAAGGUGCUGUCGCUGCUGCUGCAUGCGGCUGACAUCAGCCACCCGAGCAAGCAGUGGGCAGUGCACAGCCGCUGGACCAAGGCGCUGAUGGAGGAGUUCUUCAGGCAGGGUGACAAAGAGGCCGAGCUGGGGCUGCCUUUCUCGCCCCUCUGCGACAGAACCUCCACGCUGGUGGCACAGUCCCAGAUCGGCUUCAUCGACUUCAUCGUGGAGCCAACCUUCUCCGUGCUGACUGACGUGGCAGAGAGGAUGGUACUGCCCCUCCCCGAGGAUGGCACCAAAGCCAAGGGCAACCCAGUGGCCAGCCAGCAGCCCAGCUGCCAGUGGCGGCAGCAGUCCCUGGACGAGCCGCUGGAGCUGGGGCAGCUGCGGGCGGACCUGGCAGGCUUCCGCUCCACCUGGAGCAAGUACAUCCAGGAGAACAAGCAGAAGUGGAAGGAGAGGGCAGCCAGCGGCAUCACCAACCAAGCGUCCAUCGAGGAGCUGUCGCCCUGCGAGGAGCAGCCCCCCGCGGGCAGGCACAACGGGGAGGUGGAAUAGCGGCCAGAGGUCCUGGCACGCCCGAGUGACGCUGUCCUGCUGCCCACUCUCAUCGACUCCAGCUCCAUUCGCAGGGAAGGACCCCCCGGGG